GAGUGCAUAGUUUGACAGGUUAAAAUUAUAUUAAAGUUGACUUCCAAUCGUAUUAACCAUAUCAAAUAAUUUUUUUUAUCCAAUUAAAUCGAUUCGGUCGGUCUGUCAAACUAUGUACUCGAAUGAGCUACAAGUAGGAUCAUCCUCCAGUCUAGUUAGGGCAUUAUGAAAAACGGCAGCGUGGCCCCUCUCAGGUUUCUCUCUGAUAUUACGUAUGACCAUACGUCGAUAAAGUGAUUCAGUGAAUCAACUUAUGUUCUCAUCAAUGAACUGUUUUACGCUAUAUGUUGGUAAGACUGAUUCUUUGACAGUUAGGUUAGGUUGUACGCAGCUACCAUACAGCAUGUAAACAAGUUUGUUUAUGUGGUAACGGCAAGAACGACGUACGUAAAAUGAAAAUUAUGCGGUAAAGAGGUGUCAGUUAUAGAUAUAAAAUUGUUUUUUUCGAGAUGUAAAUUGCGAAUGUAACACAGUAACAGUAUUAGCAGAUAUCGCUAUUGUCAGCAAGAUGAAAUUAACGACGUUGAAAGGCAUUUUUCCCGAUCCCAAGCCAGUACGGAGGAAGAACUUCAUUCAGGAAAAUGUAAAAAAUCUUCGACGAAUGGAACAAUGCUUUCAAGCCAAUAAAGAAAUAGAUGAAUUACAAAAAUUACAGUUACGCAAGCAUUGCAAGGUUACAGAUAAGUAUCAGAAUGUAUCUGCAAAAGUGGUCACCAGUUUCAGAGAGAAGAAGAAACAUGAGAGCAAUAACACUGAUCUAUUGUCAAAAAAUAAUAUUGAUCCAAUAUCAGCUGACAAAUUGAAAAAUGAAGAACAAAUUCAGACUAAUGUGCUUGAAUCAGAGCAUAUACUACAUCAGAAAAAGCAUGCUACUCCUGUGAAGAAGGUUAUUAAAUCAGUAAACAAUAAUACAGAUAGACAAAAGAGAACCAACAAGCAUAAGAGUCAGCAGAAACUACAGCCAAAGAUUCCAUCUGAAUCAAACAUCUUACACAGAUCUAACAAUAUUCAAAAUGAUGUGGAUGGACAGAGUACUGUUAAAUAUAGAAAUCAAGGAAUUCAGACUUUGGAUACAGAUGUAGAAAGUAUAUACUCUGACGGUGUUAUUCGCUACCCCUCAAAAUACAUUACAAAGCACGAUGAAACGGCGAAUAAUGGCGAUUUAAAUCGGCAAAAGGAGAAAGCUUCAAAAAAACAAUCUGAUUCUCCUACAGAUAGAGGCGAUAUGCGUUCUCUUGAAGACACGCAGAAAGUUGACUUACAGAAUUCUGUAUCACCGGCUAAAGAUGAGAUCGACUAUGUUAAAUUGAAUAAAGAACGCAUCUCUGUUGCUAGCAAGCUGGCGACGCAGCUGAACAAUGGUGUACCACCUCCUAAUUAUCGCAAGGGAGUUGUUCCUAGAUAUCUUCGAGAAAGGAAAGAAGCGCAGGAAAAGGAACAAAAGGCCAGAGCGGAAGCACUUAAUGUUGAUUGUCCAGAAGGUCACGUAUCCUUACCUGAUAAUGAACGUAAGGAAACGUUGCGACUAUUAAAAAAAAAUUAUCAAGAUUAUGUCAACGAAUUAAAUAUGAUGCCUAUAAAAACGGAUACUCUCAGGGCACAAAGGCGCAAGAUGGAAAUAGAGAAGCAAUUGAAUAAGCUGGAAGAAGGAAUCAAAGUAUUCUCGCGUCCUAAAGUUUAUGUGAAAAUAAAUGCAUAGAUUGCAUUGUCUCAAGCAGAAUGUGACAUGAAUCUUUAGAGAUAUUUACUGUCCAUGUUUCAAUGCAUCAUGCAUUGUUUCAAGGAUCCAAUAUAACGUACGCGAUUGAACUAUUUCAUUGUUGUAAAAUGACGUGAAUUAGCUGUACAUAUUUUUAUGUGUGAAAAAUUGACUAGUUGAGUCUAUUUUUAAUGCCUAGCAUCUAGAGAGGUUCUACGAACGAAGAAAAAUACACCAAACUAUUUUCUUAUAAAAAUUCACACACUUUGGAUUUUGUUGACAAUUUUGUAGAUAGAAGCAUGAUUGAUUACAAAUAUAAUAAAUGAUAUUUUAUUUAAUAAAUUAAUAGUGAAGCUA